AUGACUCAAUUCCCCGACCUCCCUUACAAACCUCUAACCCACCCCUUCACCCACUUCAUCUUCAAAUACAACGGCUUUCACCCCAACAAAACCUACCUCCUACCAAAAGGCCAUGUCCGCGAAUCCGGCUACCAAGCCUCCCCCGUGGACGCAAUCUGGGAGCAAGACACCGCCAUCGAAAUGCGCGAUAGCAUCAAGCUCUACACAGACGUCUUCAGACCCGCAACCACGAGUGGCGCCGAGAAAGUCCCCGCAAUCAUCCCCUGGAGCCCGUAUGGAAAAGUCGGCACUGGUUCGCAGACAUAUGAUAAUAUGGGACCGUGGAGGAUGGGGAUUCCGUUCCAGGCAUUGAGUGGGUAUGAGACGUUUGAGGGACCGAAUCCGCUUGAAUGGUGUGGACGGGGAUAUGCGGUUGUGGAUGUUGAUGCGAGAGGGGCGGGGAAUUCGGAGGGGGAUAUUGCUUUUUGGGGGGGAGCAGCCAUCGAUAUCUACGACACCAUUACCUGGAUCGCUGCACAACCCUGGUGCAAUGGCUCCGUUGUCAUGAUGGGCAACUCGUGGCUCGCAAUCUCCCAAAUCAACUUCUCCUCGCGCUUCACCCAUCCCAAUCUCAAAGCCAUCGCUCCCUGGGAAGCCCUAACCGAUCCAUACGACCACAGCCUGUGUCGUGGCGGUGUACCAUCUACACAUUUCUUCCAGAUGAUUAUGGGUGGCUUUGCUGGAAGUGGCAGGGUAGAAGAUUUGGGAAGUAUGGUUAGCAAGAGGCCUCUGUUUGAUGAGUUCUGGGAGAGUAAGAGGAUUUUUCCGGAGAGGAUUCGGGAUGUGCCGAUGUAUUUGACGGCUUCGUAUUCGACUGGACUUCAUUGUGAGGGAUCGUUCGAGACGUUUGAACGCGCACAGACUCCGAGGAAGUGGCUGAGGGUGCAUAAUACGCAGGAAUGGAACGAUAUAUACAAGCCCGAGGUCCUCGACGACCUACAACGGUUUUACGACUUCUACGCCAAGGGCAUCCAAAACGGCUGGGAGACUGAUACCCCGCGAGUCCGACUGAGUCUUCUAGGUUACGAGAACAGCCCUGCAAAAACUGUCGUCGAGAGACCGGAAGAGGAAUGGCCACCGGCUCGUCAAAGUUUGAGAAAGUACUACCUCGACGCAUCCACUCGCUCGAUGAGCACCUCAAAACCUGAGAACGUCUCCAGCAUCAGCCACGAAGGCCACUCCCUAACUGCAUCAUCUGACUUUAGCCUCUACUUCCCCGAAUACACCGAACUCUGCGGCCGCCCCUACGCAAAACUUUACAUGUCCUGCCCUUCCCAUGCAGACUUCGACAUCUCCAUCCAACUCCGCAAACUAUCCUCCACUGGCGAGCCCCUCGAAUCACUCAACUGGAGUCCCAUGCCAAAACCCGCCCCCGAAGUCCCAGACGUCAAUGUCACAAAGCACCUCGGACAACAGGGUAUGCUGCGCGUCUCACACCACAUCAGUCUCCUGCCACCAGAAGAUGGAGAUGAGGAUGGAUUCCCACACUACGAUCACAAAUCCAGACAGGAUAUAGUUCCCGGUGAUAUUGUUCCGCUUUUGGUCCCUAUUUGGCCGGUUGGGAUGGUUUUCGGAGCUGGGGAGGGACUGAUGUUGCGGGUUUCGGGACAUAAUAUGUCGUUGCCCGAGGUGGAGAUGAUGAGGUUGCGGGAGCCGGUGGAUGAGAAUGUGGGGGCGCAGGUUGUGCAUACGGGAGGGAAGUAUAGAAGUUUCUUGGUUGUGCCUGUUAUUUGA